UCUGGAUUAGUUCUUUACUUCCUCUCAGCUCAGAAUCUCAUGGCUUUAGUCACAGGGAUAAAGUGAGGAGACCAGAGGCUGGAGGAGCAGCUGCCAGUGUGGCCUCCUCAUCGGCUGUGGGAGAGGCAGGGUCUGGGCGGGGGGACGGGGUUUCUUCCUCACCCCCUCCCCCCAAGACCCCAGAGCAGAAGCUCACUGACUCAGGCUCGGUGUGCACUGGGGCUUCCUGGUCAUCUCCAUCAGCACCAGCACAGGCCGGGGCUCCCAGCUGCCCAGAGGCCAGCCUGAUGGUGACUAACAGCGCGCUCCCUCUUUCCUUUGUAGGGGUCCCAGGGGCUGUUCCUGGGGCUGUUCCUGGAGGGGUCUAUUAUCCAGGAGCUGGCGGUCUUGGAGGCCUUGGAGCUGGAGGCCUUGGAGCUGGGGGUCUUGGAGCUGGGGGUCUUGGAGCUGGGGGUCUUGGAGGCCUUGGAGCUGGAGGACUUGGCGCCGGAGGCAAACCACCCAAACCAGGUAUCGGCGGUCUUGCUGGACUUGGGGGAGGCCCUGGAGGACUUGGAGCAGGGCUGGGCGGCUUCCCAGGGGGAGGCUACCCAGGGGGACUGCUGACGGGCCCCGCCGCAGGGGCAGCUUACAAAGCAGCUGCCAAGGCUGGUCUUGGGGCCGGUGGCGUUGGAGGCGUCGGAGGCGUCGGAGGGGUUGGCGGUGUUGGAGGGGUCGGAGGCGUCGGAGGGGUCGGCGGAGGAGUGUCCACAGGUGCCGGGUUGCCCCAGACUGGGGCCGGAGUCGGGGCUGGAGUCGGGGCCGGAGGGAAGCCAGGGAAAGUUCCAGGUGUGGGCCUUCCAGGAGUGUAUCCAGGUGGCGUUCUUCCAGGAGCAGGAGGACGGUUCCCCGGCGUCGGGGUCCUGCCAGGUGUGCCGACGGGGACCGGAGUCAAGCCCAAAGCCCCAGGAGGAGGCGGAGCUUUUGCAGGAAUUCCAGGAGUUGGACCUUUCGGAGGUCAGCAGCCAGGAGUUCCCUUGGGCUACCCUAUCAAGGCUCCCAAGCUCCCAGGUGGCUACGGACUACCCUACAGCACUGGAAAGCUGCCCUACGGUUAUGGCCCAGGUGGGAUCGGCGGAGCCGGGGCAGGAGCGGGGAAAGCGGGCUACCCCACUGGGACAGGAGUUGGUUCUGCAGCAGCUGCAGCAGCAAAAGCAGCUAAGUAUGGUGCUGGGGCCGGAGGGCCUGGAGCACUUCCUGGCUUUGGGACUGGAGCUGGAGGACUUCCUGGCAUUGGAGGCAUUGCUGGAGCCGGGUCCCCAGCUGCAGCUGCAGCCGCAGCCGCCAAAGCAGCCAAGUAUGGAGCUGCUGGAGGCUUAGUACCAGGUGUUGGUGGCAUCCCAGGUAUCGGAAGUGUUGCAGGUGUCCCAGGUGUCGGAGGUGUCCCAGGUGUGGGAGGUGUCCCUGGUGUCGGAGGUGUCCCAGGUGUUGGUGGUGUCCCAGGAGCAGUGAGCCCAGCUGCAGCAGCCAAAGCAGCAGCUAAAGCAGCCAAGUACGGGGCCCGAGCUGGCACCGGAGUCGGGGUCCCUGGUUUUGGCGUGGGUGCCGGAGGCCUUCCCGGCUUUGGGGCUGGCACUGGAGCUGUUCCUGGUGCAGGAGUCGGUCCUGGAGGCAUCCCCGGGGCAGCGCUUUCCCCUGCUGCCGCCGCCGCCGCCGCUGCCGCCGCCGCCAAAGCAGCUAAGUAUGGUGCUGGAGGUCUUGGAGGAAUCGUUCCCGGCGCUGGCAUCCCGGGUGUGGGGAUUCCAGGCGGCGUUGGAGGCGUUGGCGGGAUUGGAGGCGUUGGCGGGGUUGGAGGCGGUCCAGGAGCCCCAUCAGCCGCCGCCGCCGCCGCCGCCAAAGCCGCCGCCAAAGCCGCCCAGUACGGGUUAGUCCCAGGUGUGGGAGGACUAGGAGGAGUCCCCGGAGGACUAGGAGGAGUCCCCGGAGGAUUAGGAGGAGUCCCGGGAGGACUAGGAGGAGUCCCGGGAGGACUAGGAGGAGUCCCGGGAGGACUAGGAGGAGUCCCGGGAGGACUAGGAGAAGUCCCCGGAGGACUAGGAGGAGUCCCUGGAGGUGCUGGUGCUGGAGCCGGAGCUGUCCCAGGAGCAGGGACCCCAGAGGCCCAGGCUGCAGCCAAAGCAGCCGCCAAAGCCCAGUACAGAGCUGCCACUGGGAUUGGAGGCCCUGGCUACCCAACCAGAGCCGUAGAUGGCUUCGUUGGUGGUCCUACCUUCGGGAUUGGUGUAGGCCCGGGAUCCCUGGCAGCGGCGAAAGCAGCUAAAUACGCAGCGGCCGGAGGAGCUGGAGGCUUGGGAGGCCUGGGAGGCCUGGGAGGGGCUGGAGGCGGCUUGAUACCUGGCGUGGCCGGAGUCCCCGGUGGAGGGGCUGGAGGUCUGGGAGGUGUCCCAGGAGCAGGUACCCCCGCAGCAGCUGCAGCCGCCAAGGCCGCCGCCAAGGCCGCCCAGUAUGGCGUUGGAGGAGCUGGCGGGCUCGGAGGCAGAGGCAUCCCCGGCAUUGGUGGUGUCCCAGGUGUGGGCGGCGUCCCAGGUGUAGGAGGCGUCCCAGGUGUAGGAGGCAUCCCAGGUGUGGGAGGCGUCCCAGGAGCAGGAUCUCCGGCUGCAGCCGCCAAAGCCGCUGCCAAAGCAGCUAAGUACGGUGCUGCCGGUGGCCUCGUGCCAGGAGCUGGAGGCCUCGUGCCAGGCUUUGGAGCUGGAGGCUUGCCAGGGACCCGAGGGCUGCCAGGGGCAGCAGGUGCCCCCUCCCUUGGCUAUGGAUUUUCACCUAUUUACCCAGGUGCUUCAGCUGCUGGGCUGGGAUUUGGUGGUAAGUAAACCUAUCCCAAGAUGGCGACAUCCAUGUUACGGGAUUCAGACAGAUCUAGAAAAUCUACUUUCAUUGGCUCGGCUUUUUUGUACUGAGCAUCCCUUACCAUGAGGCACUGGGAUUGCUCCCUGAGGGAUCCAAAUAUGGCCAAAAUAGGAUCACACACUCAAAAAACUUAUAAUCUAGGAGCUAGACAAGAUGUACAAUGCAGACGUGAUUCCUAACUCAAGAUAGAACGGGAAGGGGAGAAAAUCCCGUAGGAGAUGAGAGGAGGGCUGGACAGAUCAGGGAAGACUUCCUAGAAAAGUGGGUCUUGAAGAAUGGCUAGGAUUUGGAGGGAGAGAACAUUCGGGCCUGGACAAAGGCCCAGAGGCAGCAGUGGGACAGACACAGAGCAUUCAGACUGAAGAACGGCAGCUAAAGCUGGCAAGGCCAGAUUAUGGAGGACCUCGGAUUCAGAUCUUAUCCUCUUGGCCACUUUGCUCUUAAAAAAAGAUUGAGAACCUCCCCCCAAAAAUACUUCUUCAAAUGUGAGCUCUGUCUAUCAACAUUUACCCUAUUAGAGAUGAAAACUGAUCAA